AUGGCUGGCCGUGUGCUGUUGGUGUGUGCCCUCUGCGUGUUGUGCUGCGCCGGCGGCGGUGCCGGUGCGUGGGGCGGCGGCUACUGCACGGAUAGUGACUGGAGGGGCUUGAGGGCCGUCGCGAAGGACAUGACGGAGGCGGAGAUUGAGGGAAAGUACUGCAGCCGCAAGCCAGAGUUUGCGCAGGGGCUGCGGGUGAUUCCGCAGGCUGUUGGUGGUGAAGGUCUUUCUACAGGCACCGGCGCGAGUGGUCCGAGCAGCGGCGAAGGAGACAAUUUUCAUACCGAGGAAGGACUGCAGCGUACAGGCAACCAAAAUCUGUCCAGUGAUGCAAGUGGGAGUAGCCGAUUGG